GGCCGUGGCGGCGGCGGCGGCGGGCGGGCGGCUCCAGCCUCAGCCUCAGCAGCGGCGUCGUCGACUACGGAGUCGAGGCAGCGGCAAGCGCGCUCGGCUCAGUGUCACCCGGCGGCGACGGCGGCGGCGGCGGCGGCCCGACCGGAGCGAGUUGGAGGCGCGCGCGGCAGAGCUGCCGCUGCCGCGGCCGCCGCUGCCCGGAGCCUGAGGCACCGGGGCCAGUAGAAGCGGGCAGGGGGGGCAGGCGGGCCGGGCACCGGGGGGAGGGUUGGGGGGGAUGGCGCGGACCCCGGGGCCGGCACCGCCGUAUCCCGGAGGCGGUAAAGCACAACUUUCCUCCGCUUCUCCCCCCGGAGCCCAGCUCCUCCUGCUGCCGCCGCCGCUGCUGCUGUUGCUGCUCUUCCCGCUGUUCUUCUUUUCCCAGUUCUGCGGUACCUUAGCUGGACCAAUUAUUGUGGAACCAUAUAUCACAGCAGUGUGGGGGAAGAAUGUUUCAUUAAGGUGUAUAAUUGAAGUAAAUGAAACAAUAACACAAGUUUCAUGGGAGAAGAUUCAAGGCAAAAGUUCACAAACUGUUGCAGUUCAUCAUCCUCAAUAUGGGUUCUCUGUUCAGGAGGCCUAUCAAGGGAGAGUCUUAUUUAAAAAUCAUUCACUUAAUGAUGCAACAAUUGUUCUCCACAAUAUAGACUUCUCUGAUUCAGGAGAAUAUAUAUGCAAAGCUGUUACAUUCCCAUUAGGAAAUGCACAGUCAUCUACAACUGUAACUGUACUAGUUGAACCCACUGUGAGCUUAAAAAAGGGACCAUACCCUUUAAUUGAUGGUGGAAAUGAAACAGUAGCAGCCAUUUGUACAGCAGCCACUGGAAAACCAGUUGCACAGAUUGACUGGGAAGGUGAUCUUGGUGAAAUGGAAUCCACUGUAACUUCUUUUCCAAAUGAGACAAUGACAAUUGUAAGCCAGUACAAGCUUAUUCCAACCAAAUUUGCUCGAGGAAGACGUAUAACUUGUGUUGUGAGGCAUCCUGCUUUGGAAAAGGAAAUUCGAUACUCUUUUAUGUUGGAUAUAUUGUAUGCCCCUGAAGUUUCAGUCACAGGGUAUGAUGGGAAUUGGUUUGUUGGAAGGAUGAAUGUUAAUCUCAGGUGUAAUGCUGAUGCAAAUCCACCACCUUCACAAUCUAAAUGGAGCAGAUUGGAUGGGCAGUGGCCUGAAGGUUUAGAAACUUUGGAGAAUACUCUGUAUUUUCUCAAUCCACUGACUUACAAUUACUCCGGUGUUUAUAUCUGUAAGGUUACAAAUUCCCUUGGCCAACGAAGUGCCCAAAAGAUCAUCUACAUAUUAGAUCCUCCUACUACUACCACCCAACCACCUACAAUUCAGUGGCGUUUCUCAACAGUUGAAUUCGAAGAUAUAAAUGCACCACCUAAAAAAUUGCCUUUCCCAUUAUCAACUUUGACAACAAUUAAGGAUGGCGCAAUUGGCACCGUCAUCGGUGGUGCGGUGGGUGGGGUUCUCUUCCUGAUACUUGUAAGUGUUUUGGUUGGAAUAUUCUUCUAUAGGAGAAGACGGACGUUCCGUGGUGACUACUUUGCUAAGAACUAUAUCCCACCAUCAGACAUGCAAAAAGAAUCACAGAUUGAUGUUCUUCAUCAAGAUGAGCUUGAUUCUUACCCUGACAGUGUAAAAAAAGAAAGUAAACAUCCAGUUAACAAUAUAAUAUCUAAAGACUAUUUAGAAGAACCUGAAAAAUCUCAGUGGAACAAUGUAGACAAUCUUACCAGGUUUGAAAGACCAAUGGAUUAUUAUGAAGAUAUUAAAAUGGGAAUGAAGUUCGUUGGUGAUGAAAGUUAUGACGACAACGAAGAUGACUUAGUUUCACAUGUAGAUGGUUCAGUAAUUUCCAGGAGGGAGUGGUAUGUUUAGCAACCACUAAAUGAAAGUGACUCUGUACAAUGUUUCAUUCAUUUUAGUUGAUCAUUUUCAGAUUGUUCAUACUUUUUUCUUGAAGGAAGAAUAAGAUUUUUGAAGUUGAUUUUCAAGCUUACUUUUUAUAUUCUAACUUGAUAAAUGGAAAUGUAAAAACUAGGUUAAAUGUAUCUGAGCUGCUUUAUAUUUUUUUUCAAUGCUGUACUACUGUCUCAAGAUUUGAAUUUUAAUGCAGAGUACUUUAUUGGUCUGUGGCACAGGUAAGAAGAAAAAUGUUAACUUAAAGUGAAAUGUAUAAUUUGUUUUGGUACAAAAAUUAAAAAAAAGCAACUACUUUGGCAUUGUGUUUUAAAUGUUUGCUUAAGACUGUUAAACUCUGAAUCUCAAAAGUUUUUACAUCAAAUGACAUUACAUCAAAAUUGACUCAGAUUUUUUCAUUAAUUUUUUCAUGUAUUCGAAAACAUACAAUCUGAUGAACCAUUUUCCCUUUUUAAAAAUUAUUUUCUAAGGUCAACAGAAAAGUAAUGAAUACCUCUUCAUUUUUAAUGAGCCUUGCCAUAUUGACUAUAGAGUCAGGUAUACUUUUAAAGAUGCUUUUCACUGAAACUAUGAGUUGACUAAAUGAAUGGGGCUUAGUUAACUAAGUAAAAUAGAUUUUGUGUAAUAUCAUUACCUUUCAUAGUUUGGUUCUUUAAAUAUAUAUAUAUGUGUAUAUCCAUAUAUAUACACAUAUAUAUAUAUAUACGCAAUCUAAACAGAAUAUAAAUCUUCAAGUAAUUUUGCAUAUACUUCUGUUUAUGAAGAAGGGAAAAAAUGAUGCCAUAGUGACAUUAACAUUUGUUGUGGUACACUAAAAUGCCAAAUCUAUCUAUCUUUUGCUUCUUAGUGAUUUUGUACUAGAGGUCUAAUCCAUGAUAGACUCAUUUCUAGUGCAAAGGGAAUUAUGAGGUAUAGACAAGGUUCUGGUGAUAAUAUGCAAAUGAGAAAAAUAUAUUCUGAGUUAAAAGAUUUUAUAAGUCUUUCAAUAUUUUAUAGGCUUAUUUGUUUUCAGUCAUUCAAGGUUGGCUUUAGUGAGAGGUGAAAGUAAAGUCCUGAGAUUUAAGGAUCCAAAAGUUGCAAUAUUUGUUAACUGUUUGCCAGAAUAUUUUUCUAAAAUUUUUUUCCCCUGUAUGCUCUUAGAUGACUGUUUGGAAAAUGUUGAGUUUUUAAUUUAAAGUCAGCAUAUAUAUAUAUAUAUAUAUAUAACAAAUAUUUCCUUUUUUGAAAUAUAUUCUUUGAGAAGAUUUCAUCUAAAAUCUCCAAAUGUUAAUUUUCUUCAUGAAAUAAUUAAAAUUUAAAUAUUUCUACAGUGAAGGCCUGGAACUAUCACACAAUGAUUUAUAUAUCAUACAAUCCAAAGAACUUUCCAUUUUGUGGUUUAUUUACUGAGAAGGUAAUAUCUGGGAUUUUCUUUGCUUAUUUUGGUUAUUGUUUUUUUUUUCUGUGACACUUAAGGGAAAAUUGAGUUAUUUAAGCCAAUAGGUAAUCUUGUGAUUGGAAAAGCAAAAUAAAGGUAUUUAUUGAGGUUGUUUGCUUUGAAUAAAACUUAAAACAUAUAGAAUAAAAAGUUAAGUUUUGUGGAACAGAUUCAUUUGAAAAAAUUUGAUAAUAACCUAAAAACAAGAUUGUGAAUAUAUAUGGAAUAGUUACUGUGACUAUUACCUUAACUUUUGUGUGGGUGUGUGUGUGUGUGUGUAAAAUGAAAAGGAAUAUUUCCCUUCUAACAAAAUAUUGCAAGUAUAUACAAGAGUUUAUUAAUACCUGUCAUUGAAAAGAUUCUCUUAGAAAGUUAAGCACUGGCUAAUAAGCAUAAUGAAAUAUAUCCAAGUCACUAGAAAAUAUUAAUUUGGAUCAUUAUUAAAGUUAACCCAAUUUUGCAGAUAUGUGUUUCUCUUAAGUAGCAAAAGCACCUCAAAAUGACUUACAGUAUUUAGAGCUUUACCACAAAUACAGUAUCUGUAUUUUUAAAACAGACACUACACUGUGAUUGAUGUAAAUCUUUUGAAGGGAAAAUUUGUGGCUCCAUAUUUAAACUGUUUUUGUUGGUGUUUUGACCACAAAAAGAUUAUAGAUCUGAACUCUUUUUAUUAGUUAAGAGAUACAUUUUUGGCUUCUUAUUUGACCAAAGUUUUUUUAUUCAAACAAUCACAAGGAGAUACUGUAUAUAAUUCUCAACUUUGGGAGUAACUCUAAGCAAAUGUGUAAUGUAUUUCUAAAACUAUAUUUCAGAUGUACAAAGAUUAAAAUUUACUAUAUUAUCUUUGAAAGAUAGCUUGUUGUCUUAGAAAACAUGAAUUACUUAUUGUGAACUCACUUUUUUCAUGUGGGAUAUUUUGCGCCUUCUAUAAAUUUAAAGGUUUUUGUAAUAUUCAGACCUUUGAGUAUUUACUAUACUCAGUGUAUCCUUUACCAAUUUAAAUAAUUUGGUAAACUUUACAAAGUCUCAGAGCUUAACUUCAGACUGGUGAUACUAGUGUUAACUUUCAAAACCAUGGCAAUGUUGUUUAUUACAUUAUGUAUGUUUGUUGUAAAUAGAGAUCUGAUUGUAAACAUGAAUAGUUGUGUGAAAUAAACAUUUUUGUUAAAUUAA